GUUUUGUGUGCAAAACAGAAAACACAAUGAAAGAAAGAAGCAUUGGUUGGACUGUGGAAGUCACACGAUAUGCAUCGACUAAUAUAAAUCAUCGCUAACAUUGAACCGUAGUAGCAUUUGACAGCAGGUAGCUAAUAAUUCAUGGUGCUACUUAGCAUCCAAACACUUCCCUACUCAUGUUCAACUCUCAAUAACUACACAUUUUACCGCCAAAGCCAGAGAGGAUGUAUGAGUAUACGAUGUGGGAUAGCGGAGCCAUCAGGGGAACCGGCACCAUUAGGACAGAAGACAAAGUACAACGAUGGAUUGUUUGAGAAGGCAUUCAUGACUCUUUUCGCACGUAAGAUGGAGAAGUACGGUACGAGCAAAAUAGAGAACUCUGAUGAGAUGAAGAAGAAGGGUUGGUUUGAUUAUGAUUACGACAGUUUUGUUGAUGUGUCGAGGAAAGUGAUGCAAGGGAGGUCGCGGCUGCAGCAGCAGCAAGUAGUUCGCGAGGUCCUCAUGUCUAUGCUUCCUCCUGGAGCUCCUGCUCAGUUUAGGAAAUUGUUUCCACCAACGAAGUGGGCAGCAGAGUUCAACGCGGCAAUUACUGUGCCUUUCUUCUUCUGGUUAGUUGGUCCUUCUGAGGUUGUGGAAGUGGAGGUAGAUGGGGGGAAGCAGAAAAGUGGAGUUCACAUAAAAAAAUGCAGGUAUUUGGAGAACAGUGGAUGUGUAGGAAUGUGUGUGAACAUGUGCAAAAUACCAACACAAGACUUCUUCACAAACGAAUUCGGACUUCCAUUAACAAUGAAUCCAAAUUUUGAAGACAUGAGUUGUGAAAUGGUGUACGGGCAAGUACCACCGCCAUUUGAAGAAGAUCCUGUCUCCAAACAACCUUGUUACGCGAACAUAUGCACCAUUGCAAAUCCCAGCUCAAAUGUCUGUCCGAAACUCAGUGCUAAUUAGGUGGAGAUCGAUGAGCCUGUUCAGUUAUGCCAAUGGGGGAGAAAUUUAGUAUAGCACAUACAAGAGUAUAUAUGUUGUACAUUAUGAAUUUACAUGUAACUUCUAUUGUCAUUCUUCUGUAAUUAUACAUAAAUGUCGAGAGUUUAAAAUAAAACCAAAAGAGUAACAAUAUUGAAAAGA